GAAAUUAGGGGCUACCAGGCCGUGCGGACCGCUAGUCCCACCACUCUCUCCGCCCUGCGGCAGCCGGAAUCGGGCUUCUGCUUCCCAGCCCGCGGCGCCCCCACCACCUCGCUCCCCACCACUCCCCCGGCUUUCCGGGAUCCGAAUUUGGAGGCCCCUUAAAGGGUCCCCGUUGCUCUUCGCCCGGUCUUGCAGAACGGAAGUGGGGAUCCUGGACUUCGGUUCCAGACGGUGGAGAUCGGGAUGGUUUCCGUGCUGAUCCGAGAAGCCAAGGAGGGAGACUGUGGAAAUAUCCUGAGGCUGAUUCGGGAACUUGCUGAGUACGAGAAACUCUCAGACCAGGUGAAGAUCAGUGAAGAAGCCCUGAGAGCAGAUGGCUUUGGAGAGAAUCCUUUCUAUCACUGUUUGGUUGCAGAGAUUCUUCCUGCCCCCGGGGAGCCACAGGGGCCCUGUGUGGUGGGCUAUGGGCUAUACUACUUCAUCUACAGCACAUGGAAGGGACGAAACAUUUAUCUGGAAGACAUCUACGUGAAGCCAGAGUAUCGGGGUCAGGGGAUUGGCUCCAAAAUAAUCAAAAAAGUGGCUGAGGUGGCCCUGGAUAAGGGCUGCUCCCAGCUCCGCCUGGCAGUCCUAGACUGGAACAAGGGGGCUAUGGACUUGUAUAAGGCCCUAGGAGCCCAAGAUCUGACGGAAGCUGAAGCUUCUUCAUCCCCACCAGCUCAAGCAGUCCUCAGAGACUGCCUCCACUGACCAAGGCCUCCCUGAAGGAAGGGAAGGAGGGUUGGAAGUGAAUAUUCCCAGAUGGAAAGAACAGAGGUGAGGAAGAGGCAAGGCUUCCCACCUCCUUGUUAAGGGUGAAAAAUAAAUGAGAAUUCCCAUGUGUUGAUGUGGUGUUGGGUGGAGGAAUUGAGGAUGUGACAAGCUUCAGCUAUUACGACCCUUCCUCAGUGUUUUCUGGUCAGUGGAUGUUGCUCCUGGGGAUAAAAGUGGGCCUAAGAUGACUUUCACCCACAAUGGACCAGAGUAUUGACUCUGGCCUCUAGCAUACAUAUCAGGCUUGUUGGUCGGGUUUGGGACCCAGACAAAGGCCUCCAGUGUCUGGACUGGACUGUGUAGAAUCCGAGACUGAGGCAGGCCCACCGACUCAACAGAUGGAGCAGGCUGCCACCUGGUGGUGGCAUUUUAGGGACACUGGGAAGGACCACUGGCCCCAACUUUUCAAAAAAUCCGCUCAGCUAGCGAGUGCUUUUUCUUUUUCAAAAGUCACAAAGCCUUUAUUUUCAGUUCAGCAGAACCAAAACAAACCUUUAGGACGCAUGGAGACAAGAAGGGAAACAGGUUCAUUUCCUACUUUCAUAAUAUUUCGUAAUGCAGGUUUGUUGUAGAGAAGUUUGAAGGGACAUAUAAAAAUAAAAUCCAUAGCCUUACUUACAUCUCUACUCUUAACCCUUUGGUAUUGAUUCUUUAGAUUUUUUCAAUGUACAUGUAUACAUAUAAUUAGUUAAGUGUGUGGGGAUUUAUGGGAUCAACUCUUUUGCAACCUGUUUUUUCAUUUAACAAUAAAUCAGAAACAUCUGCCAAAGUUAUUAAACACAUCAUCACUUUCAGUGGUGACAUAUUAUUCCUUUUGUGGAGGAACCAUUUGUUAAAUGGUCAUAAUUUAGACACUGAAAGUGGACAACAAGGUAACAUACAUGUGUAAAUUGUAAAAAACAGGAUCAACGGAGUCUAGAGAGUUGAAGAUCCAUCUUAAAAUUCAAAAUUUUUAAAAAAUACAAUUCAGCCAAACAACACUUCAAAUGCCCAAAUUCUUCCAGAGUGGUGCCAAUUUUGGGCCCUUAAAACGAGUUUACAACAGAUGGGCCUUUAGGACAAACUUGAUUGAGAAAUAAUGAAGCUUGUCAGCCCCUUCCACAGAUGGGAGCCAGAAGAAUCCAGUUUCAUGCCCUUGGCUCAUCUAAUCUGGCAGGGAUGAAUAUCUUUUUAACAUGAACAAGUUAUCUUUUGAUGGCACUUUUUAAACUUAACUCAGAAUGAAUUAUUUCUGAAAGGACACACAAACAAGCAGAGAGUGGUUGCUUCCAGGGAGAGGAACUGGGUGUCCAGGUAACGGAAGGAAGGGGACUCUUCCCCAUACCACUUUGAUCUUCUGAAUUUUGUGCCUCGCCCAUGUAGUACUUCAGAAAAAUGAAUAAAUAAAACUUUAAAUGCUAAUGCAGAAGAAAAGAGUAUGAACUAGGGGGGCUUCCCUGGUGGCGCAGUGGUUAAGAAUCUGCC